AUGGCCGCCAGAGCACUCGUGCUUGCGAGCGCCUGUCUGGAGCCCUUUGUGAAUGCGGGAGUGGCGUUCCCGGAGCCGACGGUUGAGAUUCAGAAGGUGCCUUUGACUGCGGAGCAGAAGUGGAUGGACGACAAUUGGCCUGGUUACCACAAUGGCGUGAACAUUGGCGGGCACCUAGUGAUAGAGAAUUGGAUGUUCAUGCGUGCCGAGCCACCGUUUCAAGAUGCCCAUCUUCAGCUGGAUUACUCCAAGGUCCCCAUGUUCAACAACAACAUGUGGUCCAACGCAAAUCUGGCAGAAUCCCUUCACAACCUCAGGGGCUCAGACAGGCUUGCAGUGGACACAAUGUGGUGCCACAUGGAUAAGUACUACACCGAUGAGAUGCUGGAUGAGUUUGCAUCGUUUGGCAUCAACUCCGCUCGUGUACCAUUGGGCUACUGGAUUUUUGAUGACCCGGAGCUCUUUCCAAAUGAUCCAUGGCCAGUUCCCCUCACCACCGGAUCUCAGCCCUACGGUGUGAAUCCAGAGGGCUUUCUGACGCCGGGCACGCUGGCAUUGUCGAAUCUCAUCGUCAGACUGUGGAACCGGAACAUGAAAGUGAUGCUAGACAUGCAUGCUCUCCCAGGAUGUAGCACUCCUCAUCAGUCCUAUGCCGGCAUCGAGUGCGCACCCAAAGCUCCCAAUUUUUGGGCAGGCUUGGCGGAGCAAGGCAUUUCGAAUCCCAAUGGGCCCAAUCACACAACCACUCGUUCCAAAGAUGGCAAGACGUGGGCAGAUGUUUACCACAAGCUCGCGGUGGAGCGUGUCGUUCCGUACAUCGAUUUCAUCAACAGCAUCUUACCGGGUGCGGUAGUUGCUUAUGAAAUGAUGAACGAGCCAGACCUGCUGCAACAUGACGCCACUGCUGCAGCAGUUCGGACUUCGACAGUUGACCUGGCGAAGGAUAUGAUGUCUUUGGAGAAUGUCGCUUUCGGCCUAAAUGACGGUGCCCACAACUAUGGCACCGACAUCAUGUCUGACGACUUGCUGACGACUCCGGAGUACAAGGACAGGUAUUGGCUUGACAUUCAUCACUAUUUCAACUGGCCUGCCAUGUGCAAUGUCUACGGGGAGGAAAGCUACAUCGACAUUGCUUGCGUUUGCGAGGCGAACGUUCCGAACACCACACACCAGUACGAGCAAGGGGCUUGGGCAAACUUCAUGAAGAAGGGCCUGCUGGAUGAUGGAUAUCGCUUGUACAUAGGUGAGUGGAGUGCUGGCUUACAGGUGGCCCGCAAUUGCAACAAUCCGACUAAGCUCCCCAACGCAAAGCAGGCGCAGGUGAUGUGGCGAGCGCAGAAACUGUCCUUCCUCACGCAGUACUUACAUUACCAGGGUCUCGCAGCGCAGAAGCAGUCCUCCUUCCUUGGUGACUUCUACUGGGCUGGCCGCAUGGGCCAUAAUUGGAAUGCGGACCCAUCAGUCUGCUGCUGUGGUGAGGAUCCCAACUGGGUGGACUUCGAGUGGUGGGAUUGGAGCCUUCUCAAUAUGAUCAGGCUAAAUCUUGCCCAGCCGAUGUCCAAGUUGGGAUGGACGCCUGAGACGAUCGAGCAGCACAAGGGCAAUGCCUGCACAGGUCCUUGGUGGCCGCCUUUGGAGAUGGAAGUCUGGCCAGAUACGGAUCUCGCGGUGUCUUCGGCCAUGACUUUAUCAUGCGGGCAGUGUGCAGUGGACAUGGGGCUCUCAUUUCAAGAUCCCCAACGAGGUCUGCAGCUGGAGCAGCGCUGGCAGCUGCCCGAAGCAGCCUGCGCGCUUGCAGCCGCUGCGCUGCCGGGGGUGGUUGCCCUGGCAGGCACGCGGUCAGGCGACCUAUUUGCAGCAGGCCCUGGAGAAGAGUUGGCCUCUGCGGGUGCUGUGCUGGCUCCAGCCUACGUGACUGCACUUCACGUUGGUCCCCCCACAGACGGUCUUGGAGGCAUCCUUGACGCCGAGGGCAAGGAAGGUCCGCGGGCCCUAUUUAUCGCUGGUAGCGAUGGCCGCAUCUUGCGGGCCUGGUUGCCGGAAGAUGCUUCGAGUUCGCACGUCGCUGAGCUGCUAGCAGGGGCAGCAGUGUGUGCCGAAGUCUUGUCGCCAGUCCUGGCGUUGGAGCUUUGCACACGGACUUCCCGUUUGCUGGUCUCCACAUCCGAGCGCGUUGCUGUGCUGUCAGAUGCCUUGGCGGCAGAAGUAGCGCCAGUGCGUUGGGUUGGGUCAAAGCCUCACAAAGGCAGCCUCACUGCAACCUUUGGAAGCUACUUCGGUCCAGAAGCCAUAAUUGCCCCUCGACGGGGUGGGCGUCUGUGGGUCGCCGAUGGCAGUGGGACUGUGCAGACAACUUUGAUAUUUCAGAACGCAAGGGGGGAGAAGGUGGCUCUCGGACACUUGCUUCCUCUCAAGCAUGACUGCGUGCUCAGCUUCGUGCGGCAUGAUGAGGAGACACAGACUUCUGUCGGGCCACCAGCUGUCCUUCUAGAUUUGGAGGCAAUUGCAAUCAGCCACCAAUGGCCUGUGCCACCAGUCGUGGAUGCAGUGCCGUGGCAUGGCGGCGCGCUGCUGGCACACCCCCAUGCGCUGUCCCUGCUGUUGGCGGAUGAGCCUCAAGCUGCGUGCCAAGCCCUAGUGGCAACACACAACCUUGGCGACGCUGCUGCCCUGGCAGCAUGUGUGCAGGAGGUACUGAACCUACGGGAAGCACUGGAUUCUACUGGCGCAGGUGAUGUCCUUGAAGGCUUGGCCCCACUUUUUGACGCGGUGGACGCUAUAGAAGUGGCAAAAGCCACCGAGUUGCGGCAAUGGGUGGCUGACCUGGAGGAGAGAUGGCUGUUCCAUCUCCGAGAAGAAGCUCUGGCCGAAGGCAAGCAGCAUGACUUCAUUCGCCUGAUAGAUGCCCCCCUGUCCAACUUUCCGACAGCGGCCUGGGAAGUUGACGACGAAGAGAUCGAUGGCAAGAAGGAUGAAAAGUCCACCGGGGAUGGAGAUGAAGAAGGACUUCUCAUUCCGUACCUGUGGCAGCAAUGCCUGGAACGCACGGAUUGUGUUAAACCUGCCGGAGAUUCGACAUUCCGUCCUGCAGUGCUUUCUCACAUCAUUCAGGCGUUGGAAGCACCAGGGCGGAGCAAGGCAUCAGAAGCGGCAAAGUUCAUGCCAUGGCUGAUGGCAAGGAUGAAGGAAGACACUCACCUGGCAGAGCCAGCUGCGCUCUUGCUCGAGCUGCUCUGUUCCUCGCAGGAGGCUUGGCCUGGCACUGGGCUUUCCGUGUCGCGUGGUUCAGCAGAGCCGUGGUCAAGGGAGCAGCUGAUGACAGCUGCUUUGACAUGCGACGCGAGUGCAGCAUUCGGACUUUGUCAGCACUGUCUAAUGUUGGCAAAUUGCGAACUGUUGGAACGAUGCCUAUUCUGGAUUAAUGGCAUGGUCGCACAGGCAAGUUCUGAUGGCUGGCUUGAAGUUUUCAACUGGGUCAAAAGACGCUUAGAAUCCACCAGCUGUGCAGCUUUGCCGACAGCUUGGAAUGAGGCCUUGAAAGUGGCUCGCAGCAGCGUUUGGGCCGCCCACAGGCUGCUGCAAGAUGCACUGUCGCCGCAGAGCAUGGUCAACGUGCGUGACGUCUUUGACGCUGCUGCAGAUUUCUUUCCGAAGGUGCUUCCUUGGAAUAUUGCUGACUGGAUGGCCUGGGCGUUUCAGCCAUCCCCACAGCGACAGGCAUGCCAGCGGCGGGAGACUCUUCUAGACGAGCUGCCGUACUAUCUGUUGAGAUUGUUGCCGACUUGCAAGCGGCCUGACAUGCUUCGAGAUGUUAUGGCGGUGGCGCUGCACAGGCGGCCUUUCGAGAGCCUAGCGCCAGAAGUACCGCUUCACGUAGGACAUUGUCUGCAAGCAGACUCGCUGUUGCGCUUUGGAAGCCACGAGCUUUGCUGCCAGCUGCGCUACCCGCUGGGCCUUGCGCAUUUGACGUUGUCUGGCUUUGACGUGUCCAGCUGCCAAGCCUGCUGCAUGGAUCAAAUCCGGGAGCUGAACUCUCGCUGCCUCCGAAGCCACCAGGCAGAGGACCUUGACCUGACAGAUGACGUGUUUGACAAGAUGCUUUCCAUGCUCGUGGUUCCAAUGAAGCAGAACAAGGAAGAAGACAUUGCAGAGCAGGUGAGGACUUGCCCGAUUUGCAGUGCACAGGGUGUGCCAUGCCCGGCACAAAGCGGAAGCGGUCGCGCAGGUAAAGCAACGCGGGUGCGGUGCCACGAUGGCCGCAUCAACCUGUGGCACGAUCUGGCAGUGGAGCUGAGAAGGCUAUCUUCCUCGGGCUCAUGCAGACAAAGAGCUGCGCAGCGCUGGCGCCACGUUCUUGACGUGGCGAGCUCCUCAAACCCAGGUCUCUUGGCAGCCCUGGUGGCGCUGGCACCGGAUCGCGCUGCAGCAGAGGUCUGCCUGCAUGCGCUCACUGCUGAUGCCAAUCAGCCAAAGCAUAGCGCAGGAGCAGAUGACUUGGCCUCCGCCGCGGAGGCCCUUUGGCAAAGCGCGCUGGGGGAGUGGUUGGAGCUGCCGUCGCGGCAAAAGGUGUCUGUUCUAAGGCCCCAGGCGGACGUGUAUGCUGAAGAGAUCCGGGGGCACAUGUAG